AUGUCCACAACACUUCUAAUACCUCUUUUGAGGCUACCUACUCUAUUUAUUCGCUCAGUUUUGUCAUAUUUUGAUAUCGACGAUCUAAUCAAACUCGCAUCAUUAUCCAACAAAUCUCGUGAACUCGUGAAACCGAUGAAAGUUGAGUUAAAAGUCAACGUUUACGGGGAAGACAGACAUUUGGAAAUCCAAAUGAACAGUAGAAAUGAGGAAACAUGGAAGUUUAAACAGGGGAAUCCUAAUACUACUGAGAUAACAACUCGAAUUGAAAGGAAGGACACAAAGGAUAUGUUCAUCGACAAGUGGAUACUAUCCAAAACGAAGUCUGCUGACCUCUAUCCUACAAUGACAGAAACAAUCAGAUGUCUGACUGAAGUGUUGACGUGCCUCGUGUUUGAAGUUAACAUUAAAACGAACUCUCUCCCAAAGGAUAGUAAAAUAGAAGAUCUCCGUGUGGAUAAAUGUAGUAACCUGAUGAUAAUCGGAGAAAAAUGUAUGGAAAACAGUGAAUUGGCUCAAAUUCUGGAGAACAUCAGUGCCACGGAACUUCUAUCUAUCAGUGUACCGACCAAUUCAGAAUUCAAAUGCAAUCCGAAUCACUUCAAAUCCAAAACAGUAAAUUUUGAUAAGAAAGGCGGAUGGGUGACUCCAAAGCUGCUGUUCGAAAUGAAAUGCGCAAUUAUUACAAUCAGGGAUAGCAAUUUCGACUUGAAGGAUUGUAUCAGUUUUAUUUGGAGAUGGAAACUGUGUAAUUUGGAAAAACUCGAGAAGUUCGAAUAUUUGGAAAUACAGUUUAAAGAUGCUAUCAAAAAUCCAGUUAUUCCAGAAGGGCUUAAAGCACAGAAGUGGAAUAAGAAGACGAGAAAUCAAUUUUAUCUUAGGCGUGGUUAUCGCAAGUAUCUUGAUUGCCAGAACGGAUUCGAUAUCAUUCACGGGGAUGGGGAAAUCUUGGCUACGAUUUUGAUUUACAACGAUGGACACGAAUUCUUCUUUGGAGUCUGGCCUAAACGCUUAACUACUACUGGUGAAAUUGGAGGAUCAUCACGGCCAUAA